CACACCCACACCCACUUCCAUUUUCCCUUUGCCUUGCCGUUGACAUCAAACACCACCCUAGCCUCACUCCAACUCUCUGGCUUUUCCGGCGAUGCAGGGCCUACGUCGUUGCUCUAACGACGUCGUCCACCUGGGCCUCUCCCCCUCCCCUCCUCAUCCAAAGCCUUCCUCCCUCUCCAUCGACGUCGCCGAGUCCGCCGACACCCGCAUCCGCCGCCUCAUCUCCGAGCACCCCGUCAUCAUCUUCAGCCGAACUUCCUGCUGCAUGUGCCACGUCAUGAAGAAGCUCCUCGCUACUAUUGGGGUCCACCCUACCGUCAUCGAGUUGGACGACCACGAGAUCGCCGCCCUCCCUUCCCCUCCUCCCUCCUCAUCCGACAAAGACGACCAUCCCCGGAACAACAUCCCGCCCUCCGUCUUCAUCGGCGGGACCUGCGUCGGCGGCCUCGAAUCCCUCGUCGCCCUCCACCUCACCGGCCACCUCGUCCCCAAGCUCGUCGAAGUUGGUGCCCUCUACUAGAGGGCCUCUAGAUAUCAUCCAGAUCAUCCCCAUCAAUUUCACCUUUAGCUGCAAGAAACUAUAUAGCCUAUAGUUGUAAUUCCUCAACCUUGAAUUAAUUGUUAUAUUUCUCUAUAUAAUUAGUUCGCUACUUCUUCUU